AUGCCCGCCCGGGGCGCGCCGGUCGUGCUCACGUCCCGGCUUCUGCUGCUUCUGCUGCUGCUCAAGGGCUCUGCCUCUGCUGCCCUGGCCUUCGGCCCGGCUCGUAGGAACGAAACUUGCCUGGGGGAGAGCUGCUCCCCGGGGAUCCAGCGCCGCGGCAGGGAUGCUUGGGGACCGGGAGAUUCUGCAAGAGGCGUUCUCCGAGUGCGUACGCCCCGGGAGAAACUGGAGGCAGCGGUGCGAGGGGCGAUCUCCUGGGACCUCCGGGCAGCCCGGGGCGGUGACCCGGGUGCGGGGAGAGGGGCGGCGGUGGUGGCGGCUGAGCCCUCGGGACUUCCAACCAGGCCCCCUGGCACCUGGAGGCGGAGAGGGGCUCGGGGUCAAGAGCUCUCUAGCAAUUUGGCUAGAGGGGACCCUACGGACCUUCAACUCUUCCUUCGGACCUCUGAGGAGGAGGAAGAGAAGAGUCCCAGGAGCGCCAGCAUCUCCCUGCGCAGCCAGGAGCACAGCGUGAAAACUGAACCCGAAGCAAGAGACCUCUAUUAUUGGCCCAGGAGAGCCGGCAAAGUUCAGGGUUCGCACCACAAGCCACAGCCCAAGACUUUCAAUGGGCCGGCGAUGGGGCACGAAGGGAGGACCAUUGCUCCCCCAGGUAGGGCACUACCCCAAAAUGGGUCCCUGGAGGAUGAAGUCUACGAGCGCGGGGGUCCCCGCAGGGGCAACAGCACGAACCGGCGCCUGAGACUGAAGAACCCCUUCUACCCGCUGACCCAGGAGUCCUACGGAGCCUACGCGGUGAUGUGCUUGUCCGUGGUGAUCUUUGGGACAGGCAUCAUUGGCAACCUGGCGGUGAUGUGUAUCGUGUGUCACAACUACUACAUGCGGAGCAUCUCCAACUCCCUCUUGGCUAACCUGGCCUUCUGGGACUUCCUCAUCAUCUUCUUCUGCCUGCCGCUCGUCAUCUUCCACGAGCUGACUAAGAAGUGGCUGCUGGAGGACUUCUCCUGCAAGAUCGUGCCCUACAUCGAGGUGGCUUCUCUGGGCGUCACGACCUUCACCUUAUGUGCACUGUGCAUAGACCGCUUCCGGGCCGCCACCAAUGUCCAGAUGUACUACGAGAUGAUCGAAAACUGCUCUUCCACCACGGCCAAGCUCGCGGUGAUAUGGGUGGGCGCCUUGCUGUUGGCCCUGCCAGAGAUCGUUCUGCGGCAGCUGAGCAAGGAGGAUUUGGGGCUGAGCGGCCGGGCCCCCGCAGAGCGCUGCGUUAUAAAGAUCUCCUCCGAUUUACCGGACACCAUCUAUGUGCUAGCCCUCACCUACGACAGCGCCAGGCUCUGGUGGUAUUUCGGUUGCUACUUUUGUCUGCCGACGCUUUUCACCAUCACCUGCUCUUUGGUGACUGCGCGGAAAAUCCGCAAAGCAGAGAAAGCCUGCACGCGGGGCAACAAGCGUCAGAUCCAGCUGGAAAGCCAGAUGAACUGCACGGUGGUGGCCCUGACCAUCCUGUACGGAUUCUGCAUCAUCCCAGAAAACAUCUGCAACAUUGUCACCGCCUACAUGGCCACCGGGGUUUCGCAGCAGACCAUGGACCUCCUUAACAUCAUCAGCCAGUUCCUCCUGUUCUUCAAGUCCUGCGUCACGCCGGUGCUGCUCUUCUGUCUCUGCAAACCCUUCAGCCGCGCCUUCAUGGAGUGCUGCUGCUGCUGCUGUGAGGAGUGCGUGCAGAAGUCGUCCACGGUCACCAGCGAGGACAACGACAACGAGUACACCACCGAGCUGGAGCUGUCGCCCUUCAGCACCAUCCGCAGGGAGAUGUCCACCUUCGCCUCGGUGGGAACUCACUGCUGACCCACCGCACGUGGAGGCCCAGAGGGCUGAUUUGUUUGAGUUUUCAUAUCCUGUGAAAAUUUUUACUUCAUAUAUGUUUUUUUU